UAUAUAUUUGGUCCUGCCAUCUCUUUACACACACCACAACCCAAGUUCUCUUGGUUCAACUGAAUUUCUUCUACUUCAAACAGGCGGACUGAUCUGCAAAUUUCAUCAUGAAGGUUCUUAUUCUUUCCUGUCUUCUAGCUGCGGUACUGGGGAUAGACUACGACGAAGCUAAAAGAGGUUUUGACUCUCUCGACCUAAACGGUGAUGGGGUUGUACUGCCAGAGGAGUGGUUGACUGCCCGCGCAAAGAUUGACGCAAACAAAGACGGAAACGUAACCAUUGAAGAGUAUACAGCUCUUCAUCAACCCGGGACACCCGAGAUUGUAAUCCAGGGUAAUUUCAACUACUACGACAAACUAGAUGGCGCUGAUGACGGUGUCAUCUCUCUUUCACUUUUUCCUGUGCUUUUUGACAUCCUCGACGCUGACAAUGACGGUGAAAUCACACUUGGAGAUUGGUUUACGACUCUUCCACAGGUAAACGAUGGCAUCGAAAACGAGAUUGUGGCCUUAUAUGCAGCUUAACAGGCUGAUACAUCCGACACCUGACAGAUGAACGAAGUUGGUGUUUUAGCAACCAAGGCUAUAUAAAAGCAAGACACCUGACAGAGAAUUCUAAUAAAAUUCAAAAUGCUUGA